AUGCUGUCCGCGGUGCCGCGCCCCGAGGAUACUGUCCGAGGACCACGAUCUUAUCCCAGUCCAGCCGAAGAGGAAGAGGGAGAGAGCCGGCCCCACGACUCACUAGUUCCGCCACCAUUGUCGUACGGGGAGGGCUUCCCGAACAUGGAACCGGAAGGAUCAAGGCCUGGCACUGCAAUGGGCGAUUCCUCAAGCAAACGAACAUCGGGCCCGAAACCCUUGACACCUGAAGAAACGAUUGAGCUUGCGAGGCGUGCUGUAGAAAGCGGAAUACAAGACACCAAGCGUUCUUUGGCAGGAAGUGAGGCUGUCACAGAUGUUGUGAAGCCAAAACUCACCAUUGAUCUCGGCCAUUCGCAUAUUGUGCGGAUACCAGAGCCCGUGGUAGAUAUCAUCAAGGAUGAGGUCGAGAGGCUAUCCUUAUCGAACAACCACCUUUUCCAUAUUCCGUAUCGCUUCGCCGAAUGUUCUCACCUCAGAUAUCUCAAUGUCCGGGCAAAUAACUUCCGAGAAUUUCCAAAGGGCGUCUACAAACUACCCCUGCUGGAAAUUCUUGAUCUUAGCCGCAAUAAGAUCAAUACUUUGCCGGAUGAGAUAAAGAAGCUGAAGUCCUUGCGUGUGCUUUCUGUCAUGCAAAAUCGACUGGACGAAUUGCCUAUCGGGCUCUCAGACAUGAACAAAUUACAGAUUUUGAAAGUAGCUGGCAACCCUCUACGGUGGCCGCUUCGGCGGGUGCUCGAAUCUACGGAGGCUGAAAUUGCUUCCUCGGGGAUGACUGACAACGAGAAAGAAGUAGCAGUGACUGCGGAACUCAAGAUUUUCCUCAAAAAUCGGCAAAUAGCUACAACCCCGGAGCCUGAAACUAGUGCUGACACAAGUGAGGGCUCCUUCGAAGCGCCUAAACCGAUACCGGUUAAACGCAAGCUGAGUGGUCGAUUCCCGGUCAAACCAAGUACCGGGGACAGUUCAGCUUCCUCUUCUCGCUCUCCGUCUAUCUCAAGAGCACCAGGACUUCCGUCCAAAAAUCAUUACCGCAUGGCAUCGGGGCAUCAAGCAGCUGCUUAUCAUAUGAGUGGCAUCCAGCGGCCAGGUAUAGCACCCUACGCAGUCAACGAGCGCAACCGGAGUAAUAGCGAGGGUAUCAUACAAGCGUCAUUUGCCGCGCGGAACAAGCGCAUGGGUGUGAUCACUCGCAAAAACACUGAUUUGGGACCUCUAACCGAGACAAGAGCGGACCGAAACAGUCAUCUGCGAGGGCUAAGUCACGGAUCCGUCCUUCGUUCUCGCCCCGUGCCAACUGCUGUUAGUGGCAGCAGCUCCUCGAGUCCGAGUAGCCCGAGGGACCGGCGACGCCAGCGAGACGGCUGGGUGAACCGGAUGUCUAGUCUCCCAGAACACAAAGGCGAGCGGGGUUCUGAUGAUCCAGUACUAGAAAGCGCGAAGGGGAUUCUGUUUGCUCUCUUUCAAAUACAUUCCCAUAUCUCUGCUUUGAUCAACGUGAUCAAAGCUGAUGACACGCGACGCCAUAGCUUAGAACUCGUGUUCUACAAUGCUUCUUCUCAUGUGACUAAACUCAACGAGGCGCUUGAGCAUGCGGAAACCGCCGUAUCCGAGGACCUUGAAGCUGGGCGAAUGGCCACUGAAGCGGUUAAACGAGAAUGUGCAACCUGCAUCGGAGCCUAUACCCACGUGGGCACUCAAUUGCGCAAUAGUGCCGGGAAGAUCGUCUCUAACGGUGAUUCAAGAUACGUGCGAUCGCUGAUGCUGAUGAUGUACGGCAGUCUCGUGGAGCUCCGGAAUGCCUGUAGCAGCCUCCGGAUUCCGCUUAGCUCAAACCAAAAGCGAACAUCGGCGCCUAAAGCCAGUAUUCCUGAUGUUGCUAGGCCUCCCCCGCUUGAGCGCCCUCCUCGUCCAUUGGUUACCCCUACUCGGGACACGACUGCGGCCACGAAAAGAUUUCGCAGUGAUACUACAAUCCGGCACCCUCAGCCCGUGCCACUAGCAAACAGUAAUCAGAUGACAAAUUCCUCCCCCGGGUUUGCGACACCCUCUUUCAAUGCCUCGCGAAGCCGGUCUAGCAGUCGAUCAAAUUUGAUCAACACUUCAGUGCCGUCCUCCUUGGCAACGCCUAGAUCUGGAGAGGCAUUUCCACCUAUUCCGCCUGGUGGCCCAUCUCGAAUCAACCCUCUCACCGGUUUGGACGAGAAUGAAGAAGAGCGGAUCUUCGAAAAGAUCUUCCACCAGCUCACCUCUGCGUAUAGCGCUGCUUUACAAGCCCUUCCAUUAGCCCGCCGGCAGCUCUCUCGGUGUCUCGAAGUUGCAGAGCAAUCGCGAGAGUCUGAUGGAAUGCGAAUGAUUUGGAACAACUUGAUCCGCCGAUGCAAGUUUUGCCUGGAGGCGUCCGAAGCAUUGGGUAUGCGGCUAUCGAGCAUGAAAGUCAAAGAGCCCAAUGGGGGAUUGCGGAACCAACGCGAGUUCUGGCAGCUGUGUAAGACAUUUAUGCAAUCAUUCGUGGAUCUCGUGACAGACAUGAAGGAGGUACGAAGUAUGCAACUUCUUCCUCAAGACAUUGUCAUUAUUCUGCGCCCGGUUCAGAAGGCUAGUCAACAAGCCGGCCGCUUGAUCGAGGCAUCGCCUUGGUCUUAUCUCGCCGAUAUGUAUGGACCUCCCAUGCAACCACCACAUAUCCAACAUCAAACAUCCGUAUCCGCUUCCGCCAUCACCUCUCACCCUUCUCCAUUCCUCCUAAACACCAACAUGUCUCCCCAGUCAGUCACGGUACCCGCUACUCCGCUGAGUGCGGCUCUGGGGCCCGCAGCACAGGCCACAGUCCCCACGACUCCAGCAAGUGCCUACAGCGACAGGUUCUUCGAAGGGGAUGUGUUCCAACGUGCAGACUCUCUGCUUUCCAUGCCGAACCAAACCCCGUUUUUCGGACGACGCUAA